AGCUAUUCCCUCUCCUGUCUUUAUCUUCUUUUUCGCUUCAGUCAUGCAUCCUCGGCGACCUCUCGAUCUUGUUACGUCCGUCGCCUUUUGUGUUCUUGCGUACUCUCCUCUGGUUUCUGUUUUGGGUCGACCGGCAACUUUUCUUGAAGACUUUCGCAUUUCGUGGGCUGAUUCCCACAUCAGGCAAAUCAAUGGAGGAGAGGUCAUUCAACUCAUUCUAGACCAAAGUUCAGGUUGUGGAUUUGCUUCGAAACGCCAGUACAUGUUUGGACGUGUGAGUAUAAAGAUCAAGCUCAUCCCUGGAGACUCUGCCGGAACCGUCACCGCCUUUUACAUGAACUCGGACACGGACAACAUACGGGACGAGCUGGACUUCGAGUUCUUGGGGAACCGGAGCGGUCAACCGUACACUGUCCAGACGAACGUGUAUGCUCACGGGAAGGGCGACCGAGAGCAAAGGGUCAACCUCUGGUUUGACCCGGCCGCGGACUUCCACACUUACUCCAUCCUCUGGAACCACCACCAUGUCGUAUUCUAUGUGGAUGAAGUGCCCAUAAGAGUGUACAAGAACAAUGAGGCCAAGAGAGUGCCAUACCCAACAUACCAGCCCAUGGGAGUCUACUCCACACUGUGGGAAGCAGAUGACUGGGCCACAAGAGGAGGCCUUGAGAAGAUCGACUGGUCCAAGGCCCCAUUCUGCGCGUACUACAAGGGCUUCGACAUUGAGGGCUGCUCAGUUCCCGGGCCCACGAGCUGCGCCUCAAACCCUAUGAACUGGUGGGAGGGCGCUCCGUACCAGCAGCUGAGCGCGGUCGACGCAAGGCGAUACAGAUGGGUCAGAAUGAACCACAUGAUUUACGAUUACUGUACUGAUAGAUCGAGGUAUCCAAUGGUCCCACCCGAGUGCGAAGCAGGAAUAUAAAGAGAAUUUGCUGCUCUAGAGAAAGAUAAAGAAAUUAAAAUUUCCAAGGAGUGUAU